AUAGUUUCCUGCAGUAACCGAAAACGAACAUAUCGUCAUCGUUAUUACAUUGUUGUAAACAGUAUUCGGUAUUUACUUGAAUGCAAACGUAGUUAGAUUAAAACUUAAGGUUACUUAUUUGUGUAGUUUUGUGAAUGUACUAAUACAGUUUUAUCAAUAUAAUUAAGGUAUUGAGAGGUGGGACAUAUGAUGUGUAUCUAAAGAAGAUAUUUUCUAGUAGGUAUGGAUGGUCAAAAAUAUGGAAAUAAAAAUAUACCUACAACUAAACAUCAUCCAUUUAUCGAAGCAGGAGUUUUUUCAAAAAUAUUUUUCUUAUGGAUGUUACCACUCUUUGUAAAAGGUUUGAAAAAAGAUCUGCUGGAAGAAGAUAUCUACCCGUCUUUGAAAUCACACGAUUCCAAACUACUCGGAGAUAAAAUAGAAAAAUACUGGAAGACUGAACUGAAAAAUAAUCGUAAAAAUCCAUCUUUAUGGAAAUGUCUCCUAAAAGUUUUUGGAAAGGAAUUGUCUAUUUUAGGAAUAUGUUAUUUAUUUAAUGAAAUAUGCGCAAGAUUAGCACAGCCUUUGAUAAUUUCACAACUUCUUCGCUAUUAUGAACCGAACAGUACAAUGACAAAAAGAGAAGCAUAUUGUUACGCUGGAGGUGUUGCUUUAUCUUCUUUUGUAGCUUCAGCAUUUAUACACUCGUUCAUGUUACGCACACUUCAUUUAGGUGCCAAAAUAAGAGUGGCCACGUCAGCUCUGAUAUACAGAAAAGCAUUGAAACUAAAUAAAAGUUCUCUUGCCGACACCACUGUCGGUCAAAUGGUGAAUCUACUCUCGAAUGAUGUGGGAAGAUUUGAGGUGAUGACAAUUCAUAUUCAUCAUUUGUGGAUCGCCCCUCUAGAAACAGUGAUAGUGCUUAUUCUAAUUUAUUACUAUGUUGGAGUAAGUGGGAUUCCCGGUGUUAUAUUUAUGCUAUGUUUUAUACCAUUGCAAAUGUGGUUGGGCAAGAAAACAUCAGAAUUUCGUUUGGCCACAGCAAUAAGAACUGACGAAAGAAUUCGAUUAAUGAAUGAAAUUAUCUCUGGAAUUCAGGUCAUAAAAAUGUACACAUGGGAAAAGCCGUUUGCAAAACUUGUAGAAAUCAGUCGUAGAAAAGAAAUGCAGCAAAUUAAGAACAUAUCAAUUAUCAGAGCUAUAAUGAUGUCAUUUAACUUAUUUGUGAACAGAGCUGCCGUUUACGUAUGCAUUCUGGCUUAUGUUUUUACCGGCAAUAUCUUAGACGCUCAAUAUGUUUUUGUAGUAACAUCAUUUUAUAGCGUCUUGAAAUUCAGCGUUACUAUGUUCUUCCCGCAAGGAGUCACUCAGUUUGCGGAAGCUAACAUUUCCGUAAAGAGAAUUACACGAUUUCUCUUAUAUGAUGAAAUAAACUUUGAUUCUAGUUCAUCAUUCUUUAACGCCUUUCAAUCUAGUAAUAGUCUGAAGGCUAUAGCAAAUGGCAAUGAAAGUAACAAACCCAUCGGCAUUCGUUUUAAAAAUGCGAGUGUAAAAUGGAUAAAAUCGACAGAAGAGAAUACUUUGGAAAAUUUAUAUGUAGAUGUUCAGCCAGGAAAACUAGCAGCAGUUAUUGGUCCAGUUGGUAGUGGAAAAACUACUCUCCUACAUGCAAUUUUAGGUGAAUUAGAGCCUCUAGACGGUAUUAUCGAUGUUAAUGGUCCUAUAUCCUACGCUUCUCAAGAACCGUGGCUCUUUGUCGGAAGCGUUAGACAGAAUAUUCUUUUUGGGCAGAAAUUCAACAUCGAUCGGUAUUACAAAGUAGUGAAAGCCUGCGCAUUGGAACGAGAUUUUACGUUAUUCCCGCACGGUGAUCACACCAUUGUUGGAGAACGUGGAGUUUCACUGAGUGGUGGUCAGAGGGCACGUAUUAAUCUGGCACGAGCUGUAUAUAAAGAAGCAGAAAUUUAUCUGUUAGAUGAUCCUUUAUCAGCUGUAGACGCUCAUGUAGGAAAACAACUUUUUGAUGACUGCAUUACCGGAUAUUUAAAAAACAAAUGUGUCGUCUUAGUCACGCAUCAGCUUCAAUACCUGAAAAACGUCUCAAAUAUUUAUCUUCUCGGAAAUAAAACUGUUGAACACUCUGGAACGUACGAUGAUAUUCAAAAUUCAGGAAAAUCUUUUACUCAGCUUUUGAGUGAACUUCAAAACAUUAUAGAUGAAGAAGAGACUGACGACACUAAAAGCGAUGAAGAUGUUAAGCCUUUAAGAAGAAGAAGGAUUUCGACAAAAGAAGUAGUUCCACGAAACGAGAAUAAUCCGGAACUUGAGAAAGAAUCGAGAGGUAGCGGUAAAAUUAGUUGGGAAGUUUAUAAAUCAUAUUUUGUAUCAGGUGGACAUUGGUGCAAAAUUUUGACAUUGUUUAUUAUAUUUGUGAUAGCACAAGCUAUAGGAAGCUCAUGUGACUACUUUUUGACAAUUUGGGUAAACAUGAACCAAAUUCAGAAAACGGUUAAUGAAACAUACCCUGAAAAAAUAAACUCUUCUAUUUUACAACAUAAUAAUUCAUUUCCACUGAAUGUUGAUUUAUAUAACGAUUCUGAUGUAUCCCUAUUCAAUGCAUCUGAAUUUAGUUACACACCAUUUCAUCAAUUUUGGUUUACAUAUAUGGAUGAAACAGUGCUUCCUGUUACUUACAGUGUGGCAAUUUUCAUAGUAAUUAGUUUAACAAUAUUCAGAUCACUCGUAUUUUAUCGAUUUUGCAACAAGGCAUCUGUGAGAAUGCACAAUAAUAUGUUUUAUAAGAUUGUGUAUGCCACAAUGAGAUUUUUCAAUGUUAAUCCAUCAGGAAGAAUUUUGAAUAGAUUUUCAAAAGAUAUGAAUCAAGUCGAUGAAAAUUUACCAAUGACACUACUGGACACUUUACAGAUAUCCCUUACCGUAUUAGCCAUAACUACUGUUAUAGCUAUUGUUAAUCCUUGGAUGUUAUUACCCACGGUGAUAAUGCUGACAAUAUUCUAUUACAUGAGAGUUGGGUUUUUAGCUACAAGUAGAGACAUCAAGCGUUUAGAAGGAAUAACCAGAAGUCCCGUCUAUUCACACUUAACAGCAUCACUUCAAGGUCUCACAACAAUAAGGGCUUUUGGUGCUCAAGAGAUUCUCAAGUCCGAGUUUGACUCAUAUCAGAAUUCAUACAGUUCUGCGUACUUCAUGUUUCUCGGUGCUAAUCGUACUUUUGGAUUCUGGCUGGAUAUGCAUUGCGUCUUGUUUAUUACGCUGGUUACGUUUAGCUUCUUAUUUUUUGAUACAGAAAACUUCGGAGGAAACGUUGGUUUGGCCAUUACCCAAGCCCUUAAUUUGACAGGAAUGUUUCAGUGGGGCAUGAGACAGUGGAGCGAACUAGAAAACACGAUGACAUGCGUGGAAAGAAUAAAGGAGUAUGCAGAUGUGGUACCCGAACCGGACUGUAAUACCAAAGACCCACCAAAGGGCUGGCCUGCAAAGGGAGACGUUAAAUUCGAAAACCUUAGUUUAAGAUACGUUGCCAAUGAGCCAUACGUACUGAAAGAACUGAAUUUCAGUAUUAAAAGUACCGAGAAAGUCGGAGUUGUUGGUAGAACAGGUGCAGGAAAAUCUUCUAUUAUUAUGGCACUGUUCAGAUUGGCCAUAAACGAAGGCAGAAUAAUAAUUGAUAAUAUGAAUACGGCUGAUAUUUCUCUUAAUCGUUUAAGGUCAAGUAUUUCGAUUAUUCCUCAAGAGCCGGUUUUGUUUUCUGGAACGCUCAGAAAGAAUUUAGAUCCUUUUGAUGAAUAUGACGAUGCGUCAUUAUGGAGUGCAUUGGAAGAAGUAGAACUUAAGGCAGUAGUUGAUGAACUGCCUCUAGGUCUCGAGAGCAAGAUGUCUGAGGGUGGUUCUAACUUCAGCGUUGGACAAAGACAGUUAGUUUGCCUGGCUCGUGCCAUUGUGCGAAAAAAUAAGAUUCUUGUGUUGGACGAAGCGACUGCCAACGUAGAUCCUCAGACCGACGCCCUAAUUCAAACAACAAUUAGAGAAAAGUUUUCAAAUUGUACGGUACUUACCAUAGCGCACAGACUGCAUACCAUUAUGGACUCUGAUAAAGUUAUUGUUAUGGAUGCGGGUAAGGUUGUGGAAUUCGGACAUCCUCAUGAGCUGUUACAGAAGAAAGGGGAUGGAGUCUUUUAUGAACUGGUACAACAGACUGGGCGAGCUAUGGCAGAGAAUUUAAUCAGUAUUGCAGAAGAGAGUUACAAAGCUGUAAAUGAAAAGGAGCAUAACAAAGAUGUAUAGAAACGAAUUAAAUUAAGCUGCUGAAAAAAAGAGCUGAAGAAAAAUCCUAAAUGGUUGAAAGAAGGUGAUAAGUAGAAGAGUAUUAAGCCGUAAAGUUGUAAUUUAAAAGAUUCAUGUUGUGUAUACUUAAAUAAAGUUUUUUAAUAAACAUUUUCAAUAUA